AUGCCCGAAAAGAUCACCUCCAAGAAUCUCUCCUACCGCUCAUCUCUGCCCCCGUUUCUGGCACGGCUUCACGCCCAGGCGGGGACUGCAUCCGGUCCCGAUCCCGUAUUGGCAGCGCAGAGGAGAUCGGCAAAGAAGCGCUCGUCGAGCGAGGAAGCUGAAGAUGCGCCCCUGGUCGUUGACGAGCAUGGGAACAGCGUGGACGUUCGGCUGGACCACGACGACGGCGCGGCCGAGGAAACGCACCCCGAGGAAGCAGCCGCACGAGUGCAGGACCACGGCGCUAAACCAAGCGACGAGUCGGAGAAGCCCGGCGCCCAACCCAAGUCAUCUAUCGGGGCGAGAAAGCGCAGGAUUGGCAGAGUCGUCGGCACGGAUGUUGCCGACUCCCCCCUCGGUAGCGGGCGAGGGGAGAAGGCGACGACGGGGGAGACAGACGCGGCGGCCGAUAAAAAGGUCAAGAGGAAGGCUAAAAAGAUCAAGCUGAGCUUCUGUGAGGAUGAGGCCUGA